AACUAGGUCACAGGGGCGGUGCGGAGGCAUAGAAUGAAUAGGGUGACCAGGAAGUGCGAACUCAGACUGGAAAGGCGGACGGCAGUAGCAGGCCCAGCUGUUUUCGGGAGGUGACAGGCUGGAACUAACAUCUGGACAUGUGGAACCCUAAUGCUGGGCCUAACCCAUAUCCACCCCAAGCCUUGUGCCCAGGAGUUCCCAAUCCUGCCUGUCCACCACCUAUCAACCCUGCCUUUCCUCCUGGCCCCUGUCCUCCAGGAAUACCCCAGGGAAACCCAGCUUUCCCUCCAUGUCGCCCCCCUUACCCUGUACCACAACCAGGGUGUCCAGGAUACCAACCCUCAGGGCCCCACCCUCCCCCGUACCCACCACCUGCUCCUGGCAUGUGCCCUGUGAAUCCUUUGGCUCCUGGAAUGGUAGGCCCAGGGAUGGUGAUAGACAAGAAGACACGGAAGAAAAUGAAGAAGGCUCAUAAAAAGAUUCACAAACAACACAAGCAUGGAAAGCAUUCCUCCUCUUCCUCCUCCUCCUCCAGCAGUGACUCUGACUGAAUGCAGGGCCUGGACCCUCCUCCCCUCGUCUCACCAGCUCUCCCAUCAAGCUUCAGCUGUCACCUUGUACUGAGGGAGAUUACCCUCUGCUCCCACCCUACUCCUCCCUGUGCCUCCCCUGCUGUUCAGCCCGGCUGUCUAGGGAGAAUGGGAAGAAGAUUGCCAUGGGCUGGCAAAAGCUGCCUGUCCCUGCUUGAUGUCAUAGUUGAUGAGGUCAGCAGGGGAACUGUCUUUUGAAGAUGGUGAGACCUCUGAACUAAAUGGUGAAGACAGUUUUAAGAUCUUCGCCAUGGUGAUCUUUCCGUUUUCUUUUGUAAUGCUUGUGACUGGGGAUUGUGAAAAUUUAUGAUCAAAAACCUGUACUUUUGUAAUGAUGGCACAUUAGGGUGACUGAGUGGCAACUCUGUUCCCAGCAGGCUUUGUAUUGAUUGCAGUAAGUACAGAGCUACUGGGAAGUGGAGUCACUUUACUUGAUGAGCUCUUGGAACUUAGUCUAUUCCUUAGUUAUAUGUUAUCUCAGAUGGCUCUUAUGUCCAAAUAAAAGCUAUUUUCCUGGCCACUG